AUGGCGAUCUCAUCGGCGCUGGACCACGGCAGCCCCGAGGUCCGCACCAGACAUCAGUCUGAGUCUCGGCUGGGCCUCGCCGCGCGGCCUCGGCGCACCCGAGGUGCCGCCCUCCGCUCCUGCUGCUCCCGAGGAGAGACGGAUCUCUCGAGUCGGCGGUGGCCCCCUCGGGCGGUGCCUCCGGCGCCGCCCCCGGCGGAGGCCCCGCGCGUCGAUCCGAGGAAUUCUGCGCGGAGCUCCUGCGGUUCCUGUGUCUCGGCCGCCGCUUCGUCUUCGUCUCCUCUCCUCUUUGCCUGGUGGCACAGCCCUCUCGCGGCCUCCUUCCUCCUGUUCCUCUGCCUCCUCCACGUUUUCUUCCUUCGACGUGUUCCCUCUCUGACCUCUGAGUCCUGGCGUUGA